AUGACUAUGCUCAGUGUGCUGAUAUCUUUCGGCUCAUUAUUUCUAGUCGUCCAUCCAUUUCUACUAUCGAAUGACGACGAGCCACAACGAUGUUAUGAGCUGGAAUUGGAGAACUGUUUUCGGGAAGCAUUUUUGUCAGCAAUUCAUCCACCCAUAUUCCACAAACGGGAUGUUCCUGUAGUAAAUCAGAACGAAACUACAAUAGCACCAGAUGGUAAACCAAUGGAUAAGAAGAAACGUGUACGACAAAUUCAAAUUUGUCACGAUGUCCGAAAAUUUUCAUCUUGUUUCAUUCGUCCCGGAUGCUCAGACCAGCAAGCGGCGAAUAUCGCUUCUGUUCAAUACCAUAUGGUUUUUGGAAAAAAGUUGCCCAUGCAUGUUUUUCUAGCUUAUCGAGGAUACGGUAGAGAGCUCUGUGAUCAACAAUGUUAUGGUAACAACUUGUCAAAAUGCAAAAACAAAAUGAGCCAGGAUGAGCAACAAGAAGAGCAAGGAUACAUUCUUGAGAUUUCAACAGUUAUUGGGCAUAUUUCUCCUGAACGAGAUGUUACUGUAGCAUGCAGUCGUUUCAACAAGUUACUCAUAAAUCUAUUGAGGCUGCGAAAAGCCCACUGUGGAGAAAUGGCAAGAUGUACAUGUACAGAGAGUAACGUACAGGAGGGUGUGAAUGGCUGUAAUUCUGGAUGCGAACGUUUGCUACUUCUUGACUGGAUCAAAUGGCUAUCAAUUCUCAAAACCGCCCAUUUUCUUUCUCAAUAUGCAAUCUUCCCUUUUUCCUUCUUUCUUUUCUUUGCAUUGUGA